ACAUAAACAAUAAUUUUACAAUUUAAACAAGAGUUCAUAACUUCGUUGGUAGAUAGAAACAUUAGAAACCAAACUUUAUUUUUGAAACACCGACAAUGUCAAUUGGAAGCAUCUAUGAAAAAGCUUACAAAGGAGACUUUAAUCAAGUCAAAGUAAAAGUUGAUGAGGAUGUUUCUUUAUUGAAUAAUUCUGAUUCUAACAAUCGCUUAUUGAUUCACUGGGCAGCUUUGGGAGGAAAUAAACAUUUAGUAGAUUUUUUAUUGGAAUCUGGAUCUUGUCUUGACCCAGUAGAUGAUACAAACUCUACACCACUAAUUCUAGCAGCUUCAGCUGGUCGUUUAGAUGUAGUUAAAUUGUUAAUAAGUAAAGGAUCUAAUGUUAAUCACAAAACCAACCGAGGACAAACAUCCCUCCAUUAUGCUUGCUCGAAGGGACACAAAGAGGUGGUCAACUUGCUCUUGGAUGCUGAUGCACAUAUAAAUAGUGCAGACAUACUUGGUGCAACACCACUUCACAGAGCUGCUGCCCAAGGAAGGAACAAUAUUCUUGAAGUUCUGUUAUCUUCACCUAAUAUCAAACUCAACCUACAAGAUUCAACUGGGUCAACACCAUUGCAUCUUGCAUGUGAAGAAGACAGAGAAGCCGCAGCCACUAUGCUAGUCGAAAGUGGGGCUGAUCUGAAUAUAGAAAAUAAGGAAAAGAAGACCCCACUAGAUUUGUGUUCUGUCAAACUUAAGACAAAUCUAUCUAAAAUAAAAAAAUAAAGUGUGUGUCAAUAAAAA